AUGGCUUCUAGCAAAAUCGACCAUCUCAGCAUCACCGCCCCGGAAGAGCACUUUGAGCCUCUUAUCGAGUGGUAUAAGAAGGCUCUCUCUCCACUAGGUUACAAGGAAAUCAUGCGAUUCCCUGGUGUCGUCGGACUAGGCAACGAGGUUCCUGACUUCUGGAUCGCCCAGAAGAAGACGCAGAUUCCGUCGGGAUUUCAUUUCGCGUUUUCUGCUCCUAACCGGGCUGCUGUCGACGCUUUCCACAAGGCUGCUAUCGACGCUGGGGGCACCUGUAAUGGCAAGCCUGGGUUGAGACCAGAGUAUCAUGAGAAUUACUACGGAGCGUUUGUUUUGGAUCCAAUUGGAAAUAAUGUGGAGCUGGUUAUCCAUUGCCCCGAAGGCCAGGAGGAGUAG